UUACCAUUUAAUCCAAUUCGAAUCUUUUUAUUUUUUAACUGUUCACGAACAUGAAGAACUCAGUCGUGCCGAUUUGGACCGAGUCGACUCGGAAUCUAAUCAAACCAGUCGUCGUUUUGGUCAUCACAUUCGCCGCCACCGUCAAACUCUCUCAGGCUCUCUACCGCUACAGCCGCAGCCGUGCGAGAAAUCGGUCUGAAACGAUGUCGUCCGCUUCCUCGUCUGGAAACGAAGCCGACGUGCGGCGCAGCCGUGUUCGCUCCAGCAAGCUGUACUUCGACAUCCCAAACUCCAAGGUGCCGUUGAUUUACUCGUCUGCGUAUGAUAUUUCGUUUCUUGGCAUCGAGAAACUGCACCCGUUUGAUUCGGCUAAGUGGGGUCGCAUAUGUGGUUUUCUGUUGGUGGAUAAUGUUGUGGAUAAAAACUGCGUCGUUGAGCCUCGGGAAGCUUCAAAGAAUGAUCUCCUAGUGGUCCAUUCAGAAGCAUACUUGAAUAGUCUAAAGAAAAGUGCCAAUGUUGCUAUGAUAAUUGAGGUACCUCCGGUGGCCAUAUUCCCAAAUUGCCUUGUGCAGCAGAAAGUUCUUUAUCCAUUUGUCAACCAGGUCGGGGGGACUGUCUUGGCUGCAAAACUUGCAAAAGAGCGAGGAUGGGCCAUCAAUAUUGGGGGAGGGUUUCAUCACUGCUCUGGGGAGAAAGGAGGGGGAUUCUGUGUUUAUGCAGAUAUUUCUCUUUGCAUACACUUUGCCUUUGAGCUGUUAAAUAUAUCAAGGGUGAUGAUUAUUGAUCUUGAUGCACAUCAAGGAAAUGGCCAUGAGACGGAUUUUGCCAAUGACAGUCGAGUCUAUAUACUGGAUAUGUACAACCCUGGAAUAUAUCCAUUUGAUUAUGAAGCAAGCAGAUACAUUGAUCAGAAGGUUGCAGUAGCGAGUGGAACGACAACAAAUGAGUACUUGAGAAAAUUAGAUGAAGCUCUUGAGGUUGCUGUGCGUAGUUUUGAUCCUGAGUUGAUAGUCUACAAUGCUGGAACUGAUAUUCUAGAUGGAGAUCCUCUAGGCCAGUUGAAGGUCAGUCCUGAUGGGAUAACUAAUAGAGAUGAGAAAGUGUUUAGGUUUGCUCGUGACAGAAACAUUCCUAUUGUCAUGCUCACAUCAGGUGGUUACAUGAAAUCUAGUGCAAGAGUUAUAGCAGACUCGAUAACCAAUCUCUCGAAGAAAAGCCUGAUAGAUACGGGUAAAAACAUCACUAUUAGAUGAAGUACUCCUCAUCAUUCACCAUCAAGAGGCCGCGGCACGGGUGUUCAGAUUCGCACAUUAGGUAUUAAUCUGAAAUAAGCUAGGCAUGUAUAUUUAGCAAAAGCUGUGUAUAUCAGUAGGUAAGUAGGUAUGGAAGGUAAAAAUGCUUGUGGAUAGCACCAUCCAUUGUAAUAUACAGUUGUGCGCUAAGCUACUUCUACUCUCCGAGACAUAAUGGCUUGUCACAUUCCUCCGGAUAUCUGUAUAGCUUUUGAGCUGCGGCCGGUCGAGAUCUGAGUUAAGAUGUCGAUCCAGUGAAUGAAAAAAAUUAGCGGUAUUUCGAUCU